ACAAUGUAACCAGUUUAAAUAAGCCAAAAUGAAUCAGACGCGGCGAUGUAAAUUGAAAACAAGAAAAAAAAGAACUACCAACGAAAUUCGUCGUUAAGCAGAAAUAAGCUCGCUGAAGAACAUUACUUGGUUGUACAAACAUAAAAUCUGCUGCGGUUUCGCCAAACUGCUAGAAUAAGACGAUUCAUGCGUGAAUCCUUUAUGCCAGACAGAGAAAACACACAUUAGAGUGAGACCGAAAACAAAUGGGUGGGGCCUUGUCGACCAACACAACUAGACCUAUCAAACUUCGGGAUUCGACUUUAAAAGUAUAGAAAUGUAAGUGUCUGGUUAUUGUGGACGGAACGCCCAGUCGUUUUGUCCACAUACGACACAAUAUGAGUAUAAUCGGUGCUCGUCGCUUUAAUAAAAUAAUUCAGUUGUUUGUGAGUACUGCUCUCGUGCGGAUAUCCGAACGUCCCGUCGCGUCGCGAGCGGCUGAACGAGCUGCGGUGUGUGCCUGUUCGUUACAAUAAAAAUAUAAAGUGUUGAGUGUUAUUUUAUCUGUGUUAUUUUUUUGAAAAAUAUUUUUUUUUCUUUUGUUGAUAGGCACAUAAUGUAAGAAGACUACAAUAAAACCAUGUCAUCACAAAUAAUGGCGCACUCCCACGGCCUCUACCGCCGGGACUCGAACGAAAUCCAAGAGAAACCCUUAGAAAUCGACACGGAAUCAAACCCGGACCGCAGCCGAUCAAACAGCCCGAAGACCAUGAAGUACUAUAAACAGAUGGAUGAGGAAAAGACGAUACUGAAUCAAGGGAAGAAAUCGUUCUGCAUCGACGCGUUGCUCUCAAGACAGCUGCCAGAAAGCAGCUUGCAAGACAAAAUGUCGCAGCAGAAAUACUUAACCAUCUACAAUAAGAACUACAUAGGGCGGUAUCAAGAGAACUAUGAUGCUCAAAUUGAACAGAAUAUGAUAAACAAGUGUGAGGGAAGGGAGAGCCCGAGGUCCGGACAGCGAAGUCCGGUGUCCGGGCAGAGUAGCAGAUCCGCGAGUCCGGGGUCCGAUGAUGGGAACAGGUCCGGGAGCUAUAGCCCCCCGAUUUCUCCGGGGGUUGAAGGCGGGAAUGAAGAAUAUGAAACGUACAGACCCGGUAUAAUCCCAAAACCAGGUCUGCUGCCCCAGAACCCGGCGCUGGUGGCUGCGCAGUCCGCCGCCCUCUUCAACUACCCCCAGCUGUCCCAGCCCGGGGCGCUCCCCCCCGGCGCCCCGCUCCCCUCCGCCUUCCACCACCCCGGAGACAGGGUCCUGCAUCACAUGCAACUGGAGUGGCUCGCUAGGACCGGCAUGUUCUACCACAGGAUACCCGAACUUGGAGGUAUGUGGUUUACGAAGAUGGAUUUUUGUGGAAUUUGAUUGUUGAAAGGAAUUGAAUUUUGUUUUUAAAGUUGAAUAAUUAUGAUGUUAAGCAAAGAG